GAGCAACGCCCCGCGGGCCGUCGGGAGCCGUGACAUCCGUGCUCCCGGCUAGCGGCUGGAGAGCGGGGCCAGGCCGAGGAGUGCGGGCUGGGCCGCAGAUUAUUUCAGGGACCUGACUGUGCAUAAAGCAUAGUACCCUCUGGCAUUACUCUGCAGCAGCUGGCUGCUCAGUAAAUGGUGCCAGGAAACUUGAUGUCAUGUGGCCUGUGUUUUGGACCGUGGUGCGUACCUAUGCUCCCUAUGUCACAUUCCCUGUGGCCUUCGUGGUCGGGGCUGUGGGCUACCACCUGGAAUGGUUCAUCAGGGGAAAGGAUCCCCAGCCAAUGGAGGAGGAAAAGAGCAUCUCAGAGCGCCGGGAGGAUCGUAAGCUGGAUGAGCUGCUGGGCAAGGACCACACUCAGGUGGUGAGCCUUAAGGACAAGCUGGAGUUUGCUCCUAAAGCUGUCCUGAACAGAAACCGCCCAGAGAAGAACUAAUGGAGGACAUAGGGCCAUAUGGUCCACAGGGCUGAGACUGGUUCUGCCAUGUCGACCCAGCCCCAGAACAUAUAUCUGAUUUGCUUUGCUGCUUAUUCUGGCCUCUCCUGCACCCCACAACCACACUGUACUGGCUGUUCCUUUUUGGCCAGGCAGGCACAACAGCAGCUGAGGGGCCAGCAAAGAGGAAGGCUGCAUCUGUUGAAUGAGGUCCACAACUGCUCAGGCUUCUGGGCUUACGUGGGUGCACUGCACAGAGGACUGUUAUGGAAUGAACAUUGGUUCUCAGACUACCUGGGGAGAUGGUUUGGUCUCAGGUGGGAGGGCUGGGAUUUGGAUGUUGCCUUUAAGAGGGGUCCACACAUGUCAAGUUCUAGUUUGCACUGGGAAAAGUUCAAAAAUCUACCUGGCUUCCUCAGUUGAUUCACCCUCUUUCGUGUUCAUUCUUUCAGAAAUUCUGUUAGCUCAGGAAUGGGAUUCCCCAGGGAAGGAAAGCAUUUUUCUGUUGUCAGAAGCUCAGGCUGCUCACCUUGGGACAGGGAGGAACAUGUGCCUGGUGAAUUUGCUUGAAAACAAUCACUGUCUUCCACUCCUCACUGAUGUGUAAUGAAAACCUUGAUUAAAGUGGCAACUGAGCA